AUGCGACGUUCUGCUGUCAAAGCCGACCAAGCUAAGGACUUGUUCAUUUCAAACAUCUCGCACGAUCUGAGAAGUCCUUUACACGGUAUUUUGGCUAAUGCUGAGCUACUGUCCGAAGUGCCCGAUCAAUCGAGUGCUGAUCGGACGUUCCUGCGGAACAUUACACUUGUCGCGACCAUUGACAGAGCUGAUGGACAAGUUGUCAAGAAGAAGCCAAGAUAUCUUACAAGUGAACAGUCGGCAAACGUCGAGGUCGCGUUUUUGGGUAAUAGCAUUCCCAUGGAGACGUUCAAGGACAGUAAGGAUUUGGGACACGUUAUUCUGAGGUCAGGAGGCGAUACUAUUGCGUGUAGGCAUUGUGAAUGA